AUGUUAUCUUUAAUAUUCGAAAAUCCACAAUUAAAUCUUAAUGCAAUUAUAACAUUAUUAUUAAUAGCCAUCAUUACUUUUGUUUUUAUAAAACUUUUCUCUGACGAUAAACCUAUUGAAUUCACCGUUCCGGUACCUAUUGAGGCCAAACCCGGAUGGGUUGAUGGAAAAAUACUAGAAAAACUUAAUAUAAAGGAUCCUCAAAACCCUGGUUAUAUUACAUGUUAUGAUCCAGCAACCGGUCAAUUAUUAUCAAAUAUACGUGCUCACACUGAACAGGAUGUGAUUAAUUCUCUAAAAAAAGUUCGCAAUGCCCAAAAAAAAUGGGCACUAACCACAUUUGCGGAACGAAGAAAAGUGUUAAAAAGUUUGUUAAAUUUUAUUGUUAAAAAUCAGGAUGAAAUUUGUUGGGUUAGUUGUCGAGAUACAGGAAAAUCAUUGGUUGACGCCAAAUUUGGUGAAAUACUGGCUACAUGCGAAAGAAUUCAAUGGAUCAUUAAAAAAGGUGAAAAAGCCUUAUCUCCUCAAUACCAUGAAUCUAGCAUGUUGUUACUUUAUAAAAUCGCAAAAGUUAUGUUUGAACCUCUCGGUGUUGUUGCUGCUCUAGUUUCAUGGAAUUAUCCUUUUCACAAUCUAAUUGGCCCGAUAAUAUCAGCUUUAUUUGCGGGAAACGGGAUUAUAAUUAAAUCUUCUGAACAAGUUGCAUGGUCAUUACAGUACUAUAGUGAAAUUAUUAAAGUUUGUUUAAUAUCGUGUGGUCAUGAUCCGGAUAUAGUGCAAUUUCUAUGUGGUUUUCCUGAAUGUGGUGAAGCUCUUGUUAAAAGUGGGGUUGAUGGGUUAACUUUUAUCGGUUCUCCACAAGUAGGUAAACAAAUCAUGUCAUCUUCCUCUACUACAUUAACUCCCUGUAUAUUGGAACUAGGAGGAAAAGAUUGCGCUAUCCUUCGCCAAGAUGUAAAUUUAAAUCAGGUCAUUCCUAUUAUACUUCGUGGUGUAUUUCAAAACUCUGGACAGAACUGCGUCGGACUUGAAAGAAUUCUUGUUCAUGAAAGUAUUUAUGAUGAAUUUGUUAAAAUAGUUGAACAAAAAAUCAAGGAACUUAGAGUGGGCUGUGCUUUGAAUGAUGAAGAAGGUGUUGACGUUGGUGCGCUGACUAUGAGUGAUCAUCUUGACCGACUCUCCAACCUAAUAAAAUCUACUGUCUCACAAGGUGCAAAACUACUCUAUGGGGGUUAUCCCUUCAUUCAUCCCCUUUAUCCGACUGCACAUUACUACACUCCCACACUUCUCAUAGAUGUAACUCCCGAAAUGCCAAUAUCCAAAACUGAACAUUUUGCUCCAAUAAUGGUAGUAAUGAAAUUCAGAACAGAUGAUGAAGCAAUUGAAAUUGCAAAUGCUAGCGGUUAUGGAUUGGGAAAUAGUGUGUUUACCAGAGAUCAACGAAGAGGUGAAUGGAUGGUAAGAAGAUUAAGAUGUGGUAUGGUUAACGUAAAUGAUUUUGGUGCUACCUAUCUUUGUAAUCUACCAUUUGGUGGUGUUGGUAUAAGUGGAUUUGGAAGAUUUGGAGGAAUUGAAGGUCUUCGACAACAGUGUUUAAUGAAAUCAAUUACUUUAGAUCGAUUUCCAUGGUUAUUACAGACUUCUUUACCUAAAAUUUUGAAUUACCCUAUAUCAUUUGGUGGAUCCACAUUUGUUUCUAAUUUGAUUAAAGUUGUUUAUGAAAAUAGAUUAAUUGACAAACUUAAAGGCGGUAUUAAAUUGGUAAUUGGUGAAAGUUAUAAGUAUGAGUAA